UCUCGCUCGCGGAUUGUCAGAGUCCACAGUCCUAACUCGACUUCAGGCUACGACAGAUCGUAUCUCGCUCGUAUCUUCAUUCGAUCUUCUUGCCGCGAAUUAAUCUUGCGCGCGUUAGCCUUGCCCCCCCGCCCUGACCGACCUUCUCAAUUUAACUGUACACCCGACCCGAUCGAACGACCUUCAGAUACCACCGAAACUCCGUUUAUCGCGGCUUUUAUCGUGCCGGUUCUCGGACCGUUCGAGUGUUGGUGAACGAGGAUUCAAGGAUACUUUUCCUGUUACAAGGAUAAUCCGGUGGAAUAACUCAUCAAAAGAUAAUCGAGAGACCUAAGAGAUGCUUUCGAAAUUGCGGUGUUGCUGAGGCUACGUCUGAUCAGAUAAAUCGUGAAUCAGAUUGAAAAAUGCAAAGAACGCUGCCGCCACUGUUCUUACUCCUCCUGAUUAAUUCAGGAUGGGUCAGCGGGCUCUGCAACUUGGAGAACAGCACUACGGUUUAUUGCCGCGACCUCGAAGACGUCAAAUACAUCGAAACUUACGACCUCGAAGUGCUGAAGUCGCACAUCGGGGAACCCAUCCUCCAUCCUGGUCUCUUCAUCAAUUUGACCACGCUUCGUCACUUGGACCUUUCGGGAGGUACCGUUGAAAAGAUAGAACCAGGAAGCUUCAAGAAAUUGUCCAAUCUGAGGAGCUUAAAUCUCGCUGAAAACCGUAUCGUGCACCUAGAGUUAGGCUCCGUGGACGGUUUGAAUCGUCUGCAUAGCCUGAAUCUCCGCAAGAACAAUUUACAACAGUUGCCGCCAGCUGUGGCUCGUCUAAAAAUCUUGAAACACUUGAACGUCGAAGAUAAUCCGUUACAAUGUAAUUGUGCGACGCUUAGGGUGAGGGAUUUGAUCUUGAAACGAGGCGUGAAGAUCUCGAAGAAGAUCAUGUGCGCGGGUCCGACGAACGCGAAGGGGACGUCGAUAUUUAAAUUAGACACAGCGACCAUUUGCCAGUUCGAAGAGCAGGACCGUGAGAUGCAGAACGAUCAGGCAUCCUCGAAUGAGGACUUUGGAUCCGGUGACGAGAAAGGAGAAGAAAGCAAAGAGGAUGUAGAUGUACCAGAUAUCCGUGAAACGUCGAAGGAUGUGGAGAUCGAAACACCAUUCCCGCAAGUCGAAGUAUCUACUGUUGCAUCUGAACUACCUGAAUCUAACAGUGCCAUGCAAAAAAUGGUACUUUCGACCGAAUCGAUGGAUUCUACCAAAAAGGCGAGCGACGAAGAAAUUUUCUUUGAUUCCGAGGAAAAGAAAACAUCGACGUCUACGGCUAGUGCAAUCAAGCAAAAAGAGUUCAAAGAUGCUCUGUUCUCUCCUGUGGACGGUUCCGGUGACGAAGAAGAGGGAUCUGGCGAAGGUUCGGGUACCAUUUUCGGCGAUUGGAAAAAGACUGGUGAUGUAGAACCAUCCGAAGGGACGACGGAAGAUGAUGACUCGGGUACUGGAUUGUUGGAUAUGUUCCUCAACGUGUUUUGGACCACGACGGAGCCCCCGAAAAAGCAAGGCGAUCCCGAUUUAGAAGAAGAGCAAUUCAUCGACAUGACUUCGACUACACAAACCGAGGAAGCUGUGCCUAAAAAGGUUGAUGGUUUAACCGAGAGCUCUGGUAAGGGCAGCACGGUGAGCUCUGCUAAUAACGUUGAGAUAGUCAAUAGUGAAGUAGACGACUUGACGACAUUGGGCAAAGUAAAAGUCGACGAAGGCGAAGUGUCUCCGUCCUCUGACAAGCAAUCGAAGAAAGGUAUGGGUUCGUACGUAGUUCUCGUCGUCUUAUUGGCGAUCCUGGCGACGCUCAUAGGUUUUGCAGCUUACAAGGGUGACUUCUGCAAGAAAAAGAGGAAGCGCGGUGACAUCGAGAACGCAACCGAGUUGAAGGACAUGCAGAAGUCGCUGCUGGAGUCUGGAAAUUCGACGCAGCCGAAGAUAGCUUCUAAUGGUAACGUGGAGAACGUUCCCCUAGUCGGAGACGCGCCGAAUUGCGAGGAGACCAAAGUUGCCAAUAAUUACCAAGUUACGGCAGACAUUCCAAGAUCCGCGAAUGGUAUCUCAGACUCAGCGGGGCCGGUGAAACCGCCGCGAGCGGUCACUCCGCAGAGCGAUGAAAAAACUCAGGACAGGAACUCUCUGAAAGACGACUCAUUUUCCGGGAGGACGAGCUCCGCGGAUCAAGUAGAUAGUCCGGUGGUCACUCGACGGACCGACGUCAAUGAACCACCGUUGAGUCCCGGUGCUCAGAGAGUGAAGAUCACUCUGCAAGAGAAUCCUGACAGCGUGCCAAAAACGCCUAUACUCAUCACAAAAACGAUGGCUAAUGAGAAUCUAUACUCGUGGUCCCGAGAGCCUACGACCGUUUCGCGCAGGUUGGAAGGUGGUGAGGAUCGCAGUGAACUCCCUCCACACGGUUCAGUAUACCCGGUAAAGCAUUGAGAUGCGCAGAACGAUAAAAAACUGAACUGUGCCCGGUCCUAGACUCUCGGAACCGCAAGUAUAGUCAAGCAAUGAGGGGGAUAACUUCGAAAAGAGAGUCGAUUGGAAAAAAAUAUUUAAACUUACGGGAAGAUGGAGCAAGUGAAGAGAGAAAUGUUUGCUCCGGAUUAUGGGAUCCAUAAUGCCGCCAGUGUUCCUAAGUCCCACGAAGUGGAUGGUGGAUGGAUUUUUACGGUACAGUGAGGUCAGGACAAGUUUUACUGUUCCCGAGUUUGCGUUCCUCGUUGACUGUGAAACAAGAAUUUAGUGAAGGUCCAUCCUCACGAGAGUGUUGUUCGAGGACGAUUCGUUAUAGAAUUAACGAUUAUGUGAAGCGAUUGUUUGUACAUAUUUGCAAAUAAUAGACGUGUACGUUAAACUGUCGUUGUAUUGGGUAUAAUGUACGUGAACAUAUUUGAUACAUUUUAUAUACAUACGUGUAUACGCAAUAUUAGCACACUAGUCAGUUCUCUUAAGCAUCUUCCUUCUCGCGUGAACUUCAAUGAAAUUUGAUAAUCAUAAGUUCCAUUGUAAUCCUUUGAACCGCGUCAUUAUCAUUUAACCACUGUUAUGAGAGUUUUCAUACUGUUACAUUUGGAUUUUACUCUAAUGCAAUAAAUUGUUCUUAAGACGUACUAUAAUGUGCUGAUAGCGAACGAUUCAUUUCGUGAUACCAAGCGUUCUUCUGUAGAAAAUAGAAUUGUAUUCUCUUUCAUUAGCGGAACUUAACACUUAACGAGUAAAAAGUUAAUUUGUAAAUUACGUCGCACAUGUAUUUAUAAAAAUCAUUCCAGAUUAAUCGCAUCUUCUCUUCUAAUGAUUAUUAUCGAAUGGAUGAUGAUAAGCAAAACGCUAUACAGUAGGACGCUAUGAAAUGAACGUAAUUUUAAACUUAUCUUAAAAUCUUUAGGUAAUAAGCGAUGAAUUCGAAAUAGAACUAAAAUAAUAUUUUAAUCAUAAAAUGCCAAAUAUUUUUAAUAUCCGAAUUCGUGUGAAAUUGUCUGCAUUUGCGAAAUUAGAAACAAUGGCAACUAUCUUUAAUCAGGAGCAUUUAUGAAUCACUGAGUAAUUAAUAACUUGAAUGAAGUUGUUAAAUUUUUGUAAAAUAAAUGGAGACAAAUUGAA